AUGGAUUGCGCUGUAUCAUCUGCAGCCAUCGUUCAAACAGUUAUUGAGCUGAUGGACUCGGACAGUGAAGACGAGGACUUCGACGAUGUUGUCACAAUUCUAGCGCUGAUGCUAAUUAGGUUGCAACGCAAUAGAAUUCCUAAGUACUGUGAAGAGGUCGUGAGUCGCUACUUUGAUUUUGAAUUUAAAAGACUUUUCCGCCUAUCGCGCGAGACUUUUGAUAGACUUGCUACCGCAUACAUGGCGUCGCCGUUCUUCCCGAGCGCGACAAGAGGACGUCCAAGGGUUAGUGCCGAAAAGACAUGCUUGGUGGUUUUGUGUUACUUGGGUGGACAGUGCAGUAUGUACUCUUUGGCUGACCGCUUCGACCUUGCCGUGUCGACUGUACACAGCUGUGUCGUGCGAAUGUUGGAUUUCCUCAGCAGUAUCAGUGAGGAGGUUAUUGCGUGGCCUGGCCGGCAGGAGCAGGAGCGCAGCAAGGCGAGCUUCCUCGCAAAAUCCGGUGGCAAGGGGCCCCAAAACACAGUAGGCUUUAUUGAUGGCUGCCACGUCGAGAUCAACAAGCCGACGGAAUCUCCUCAUCCUUACUACAGCCGAAAGAAGUGGCCUUCAAUUUUGCUGCAAGGCAUUGUCAAUGACAGAAACAAGUUCCUGGAUGUAUUUAUUGGAUUCCCUGGCUCGGCACACAACGCAAGGGUGCUGCGUGAAAGCCCUUUCUUUGAAGAAGCCGCGUUGAAAUGCUGCAAUGGAUAUAUCCUUGGAGAUUCAGCAUAUCCCCUCCUACCAUGGCUGAUGACGCCUUACCGAGACAGCGAGGCUACUUUCCCGUCGUGGAAGAAAAAGUUCAACGUGGUUCAUUCGCAGCAAAGAGUUGCAGUUGAGAAUGCUUUCGGAUUGCUGAAGCAGCGCUUCAGGCGGCUGUAUCUCGUCGAUGCUGUAAGCAUCAAACAGUGUGUACUUACUGUCAUGGGUGCAUGUGUUCUGAACAACUUGUGCAAUGAAGAGAGAGAUUUUUUUGACGAACUGCGGCAGCUGCCAGUGCAAGAAGAAGUUGUCAAUGAUGAAGACACCGAUAUCUUCAUUGACCGUAGUGUGGCAGGAUUCAGCGAGAGCUUGCGAGAAAAUAUUGCUCAGAAUCAGUGCUGA